AUGACCCAAGACGACCUGAUCAACCUCUCCCUGACAUCACAAAGCGCGCAGUACAGCCUCUUCACGGCAUCCAGGGCGCACUGGAGAAACCUGUACUCAAAGACCGUGCCUGUGUCCUGUAGCUUCGCAACCUCGCAAGCGGGCUAUCACCGCUUCUCUGUCGUGCUGAAGGAAUUACAGGUCGGGAGGUGCAUUAGGUGUUUUACUACUGUUUGUAAGGUACGCUCCGUAACUCCCUCCUCCUCUAGCAACCGGUCGUAACAAACCAGUUGAAUUGGUAAUGAUGAUGGCGAUAGGGGUGUGUCUACGACACAAGCCUACACAAGCGCCUGUCGAAUUGGAUGAACGCUUGCACGCUCAGGAAGAGACUUCGUAAAGUUUGCACCGUCUGCGAGAGCAGGAGGGCCGUGAGGAGGGCAAAGGUUUGCAGGUGCGAACGAGCUGGUGUGUGGAUUUGUGAGGGGUGCAGUGUCGGGGUGGAAGUCAGUGAUGAUCUGUUCCGCCGAGAGCAGCAGGUAAUUAGACCUGAGCGCACAAAUGGUACGGAAAUGUGCUGGAGUGCGAGUCAUGGUCGUGACGGUGAGGGAAAAGAGGAGAUGGGGGAGGUGCAGCAGCAGCAGCAGCAAGGGGAAAGCAUGGUCGUGGUGUGUAGUUGGUGCGAAGGAUUGGUGGGUGGUGAAUCCCCCCAUCCUGAUCACCCAGGAGGAUCGCGGGUUUUCCUUUGAUUUCGGCGUACAUCUCGCAAGGGACGGGUAG